UGUGACUUCCUCUGGCAGCCCUUGUUUGCCUUCCUGUACAAAGAGCAGUUUCCUGUGGACGGCUGGAAGGUGUAUGACCCAGCAGCAGAAUACAGACGUCAGGGGCUUCCUAAUGAGAGCUGGACCAUCAGUAAGAUAAACAGCACCUAUGAGCUAUGUGACACGUAUCCUUCCGUCCUGGUCAUCCCCACCAACAUCACAGAUGAAGACAUCAAACGAGUGGCUGUGUUCAGAGCCAAGCACCGUAUACCGGUCUUGUCCUGGAUCCACCCGGAGUCUCAGGCCACCAUCGUACGCUGUAGCCAGCCGCUAGUUGGGCCGUCAGACCGUCGCUGUAAAGAAGACGAACGCUUUCUCCAAAUCAUCAUGGACGCCAACGCUCAGUCCCACAAGCUCACCAUCUUUGAUGCCCGACAGAGCAGCGUGGCCAUCACCAACAAGGGAAAGGAUGGAGGGUAUGAAAGUGAGAGUUUCUACCCCAACGUAGAGCUAAACUUCCUGGAAAUCCCAAACAUUCAUGUGAUGAGGGAGUCUCUCAGGAAGAUGAAGGAUGUCGUUUAUCCUACCAUAGACGAAGCUCACUGGCACUCCUUUAUCGACCAGACGCACUGGCUGGAGUACAUACGG